UGUUUGGCACUUUCCUUUGUUCUCUCCAAGUCUCAAUCAUCAAAUGGCGAACUUGACGCACUCCGAUACGAAUGUUGUGCAAGAUCUUCGAAACUCCAUUAGAGAGUGUACGAGUAGAGGGCUUCUGUUUGCAGCUAAAUGGUCAUCCGAGCUCCUCUUGUCAAUACCAGCAUCGAGAAGACAUGUAUCACACCCUACAAAACGUCAACCAACUUUCUCUACUUCUACACCUGCUCGAAGUCGUUCUCCGCGUCCAUCCUUUGUUGAUGAAUCACCUGUGCCUACACAGAUAUUGCCCCAGCUUUCCCAACCUCCUCAAUCGUCCGCUCCUACCCGACAUCCUCAUGCACCUCUGCUAGCACCUUUUGACUAUGGAUCUGAAGAAUUCGAUGCUCAAGAGGAAGAUUCGUUAGCUACCGCCAGGAUCUGUUUCGAAUCGAAGGAGUAUUCUCGUGUACCAGCCCUUGUUGUUGGAUGCGUCAGCCCCGCAGCACGGUUCAUGUCCGUGUAUAGCCGCUUCCUGGUUUCGGAACAUAGUGCUAUCUCGGAAUGGCACAAAUUCGAUGCUACUCGAAAUCAACCGGUUGAACCGAUAAACGAUACCAUCCAGGAGUUGCUUCGGGAGGUCGUCAGCGACACUGAUCCUUUCCUCCUCUUUCUGAAGGCAAUCUUUCUUUCUCGUUUUUCGCGACGAGAGGAGGCAAUCGAGGCCGCUAUAUUGUCAAUCGCCGGUUUUCCUUGGAAUUGGUCGUCUUGGACUCUUCUGUCUAGUUGCAUCCGGGAUGGUGAAGAGCUAACAGCGCUCCUUCCAUUGUUGCCUCUUCCUCCGACACAUCCUCUGGUUCAGAUGUUCCAGAUCAGAACAUUGAAUGAACUUCAAAAUCCCUCGGAGAACGAAAUUGCUCUCUGUGAUCGCCUACUUGAAUUAGAGAACUAUCCUGGAAGUCUCUGGCUCAUGAUACAACGCGCCACCGCGCUCUAUCAUCUUCAUGAUUUCGGACAAGCGGAAGCCCAGUUCGAUCGAAUUUUUGCUUUAGACCCAUACAGAAUUGACGAUAUUGACAUCCUUUCCAACAUCUUGUACGUCACUAACAAUCGGUUGAAACUAACAAAGCUGGCCAAUGAAUUCUUGGCUGUCGAUAAAAACCGUCCAGAAGUUUGCUGUUUGGUUGGCAACCACUAUUCCCUUCGAGGUGAACAUAUCAAGGCAAUCAAGUACUUUCGACGCGCCACUCAACUGGACAGAACCUAUCUCUCUGCCUGGACAUUGAUGGGCCAUGAGUAUGUUGAGAUCAAAAACUCGCACGCCGCGAUUGAAGCAUAUCGUCGAGCAGUCAAUAUCAACCGGAAAGAUUAUCGAGCUUGGUACGGUCUAGGUCAAGCGUAUGAGCUUUUGAACAUGCAUGAGUAUGCGCUGCACUAUUAUCAGUAUGCAACAGCCUUGAAACCUUAUGAUGUCCGAUUGUGGCAAGCCCAAGGAAUGUGCUACGAGGAAAUGGGAAGAUUGAGAGAGGCAGUUGAAUGCCUCAAGCGUGCUCUUAUUCCAGCAGAUCCCCAUGAAAUCACUAUCAACUUGAUGUUAGCUCGAAUCUAUAGAGACCUCGAUGAGCAUGCAGAAGCCGUAGCAUAUCACCGACGUGUGGUGGAAGUUUGCCAGUCUGACUUACGUCCUGUUCAGGAUUACGCGAAAUCGUGCUUGGAGGUUGCUGCGUAUCAGCUGAAAAUACCGGACGGGCACCUUUUGUUGGCACAGGAUUAUCUGGAACGGGUGGCUGCUAGUAACGCAGAAGAUGUUGACCGAGCUGUGGAGAUGCUGAAAGCGGUGCAUAUUGCUAUGCAGGCGAGAAUACGUUCGACCAAUGAAGAAUUAGGCAGAGUCUUGAAUAUGUUAGCCACAACAGAUGCUGCUCAAGGAAUUAUUCCUCCUCCUCCUACAUAUCAAUAGUACUUAUUCAAGCUCAACUAUGUACACCGGUAGAGUAUACGUAUCAUAAUUUAACCGCGGAACUUCCGAACCGUGGCAACUUUCGUCAUACAGCAAUAUGAUUAUUAUCACUGUUA